CCUCCUCUUCUCCCUCUGCCGCGCCCUGAUAACGACCGAAUCCGACCUUUCGCUGUCCCUUUCUCAAGAGUUUACGAAGCCAGAUCUCUCAUUCUUCUCUUAGUACAGCUUCUGCUAUCUUCAUUUUCCCUCCAAAAUGGCCUCUUUCCAGGAUCGUGCUCAGCACGCCAUUGCCCAGCUCGACAAGGAGCUCUCCAAGUACCCUGUCCUCAACAACUUGGAGCGUCAGACCUCCGUCCCCAAGGUUUACGUGAUCCUUGGCCUCGUCGGCAUCUACUUCUUCCUGGUCUUCUUCAACAUCGCCGGUGAAUUCCUCGUCAACCUCGCUGGUUUCCUCAUCCCUGGAUACUACUCCCUGAACGCUCUGUUCACCGCCGGAAAGGCCGAUGACACGCAGUGGUUGACGUACUGGGUUGUUUACGCUUUCUUCACCGUCAUUGAGAGCGCCAUCUCUGCUCCUUACUGGUUCCCCUUCUACUACAUCUUCAAGUUCGCCCUUGUCCUCUGGAUGUCUCUCCCCCAGACCAACGGUGCUCAAAUUGUCUUCCACUCCUUCAUCCAGCCCGUGCUCGGCCGCUUCUUCCAGGGCGGUUCCACCUCGGCCAACCUCCGCGCUCAGGCCGAGGCUGCCGCCAAGGACCAGUAAAUAGCUAAACCGUGAAGUCCGGGGUGAAUCUGUGACUUGAUCUCGAUCAACUCACAGAGUCAGUCGAUUGUGUCUCGGUUUAUGUUUUUGGGGGAAAUUUUGCAAAACAAAGGCAAUACGAAAGACUUCCCUCCGGGAGAAUUUUGCAAAGCCGAUAUGUUUGGAAAAAUAUUCGAUGUAACGGGAUGAAGCGGUGUGAUGGAUUGAUUGAUUGAUUGAUUGAUACGAUACGAUACUUUGAGCCUUGUCAGGCGAGAAUUGGGCUAUCCUUGUGUGUGUGUGUGUGUGUGUGGUUGCUUUUUCAUGCUGUUCCUUUUUCAUUGCCAUGACUUGAAUCUAAGUAGAAUUGCGUGUUGAAUCUUUUUGCGUUGAUUGGUUGGUUUGGAAAGGGAGAGGACACCACUGUGCUUUCUCUCCCCCCAUAGCUGUGUGGUAUUAUUAUUAUUAUAGCUAUACUUUGAUGCAUUAUGCCUCCGUUUCUUGGUAAAAUUGAG